CGACUUCAUCUUCGAUUGGGCUGACUUGAAUUCAAUUGGACUGAAUUCGGUUUGUUUAGUGAGUAUUAUCCAAGAGAUGUAAUCUAUCUCCAACACUAACAGAAAAUAUCGAAAGCCACCUUGGAUACGUGAUGCUUCUACCUGGACCUUUACCCUCUUACAUCUCUAAAGUCAAUGUUGACUAUCCCUUUAAAAAAUGUCGAAACUCAUACACACAGUUGCUUUUGUCUCUUUGUCUCCUUAAUUCCCUCCUAUAUGUUUUCUUUUCUAUUUUAAUUUCUGCUGAAAAAUAUACAUAACGUAAAAGUGAAAAGAAAAACAUUUUCGUCUUGGGAUCUAUAAAACUGAUAUAUCAUCUACUUUCCCUGAUUUUACUCUAAAAAAUCUAUUCUUUAUUGCCUUGCUUUCAUUUACUCUCUUGGGUUGGUUGGUGAAGACGAGUGAAGUGGAAAGAGGCCAGCAGCUUCGACCAAACUCGAGAGAAAUUGUUUGUUUUCAAUUUUGGUGAAAAAAAAAGAAAGUAUUUAUUAUAUUUUAAUUUUGUACUUUAAAUCGUUUUUGGAUGUUCUUCGGUCUUGGGUUGAUUUUAGCUGUAAAGGGCCACACAUACACCAUUGCCCACAAAAUGCCCCCUUCUUGACGUCUCUCUCUCUAUGUGACUUUUGAUUUGAAUAACAAUUAUUUCUUUGAUGGAGUUUUAGUGGUGAUCAUUUUCUCUUCAGUUUAUUAAUUCUCCGUUGAGAAACUUCUGGCUUUUUUUUUUGUUUUAAUUUUCUUUUGAAUUUCUAUGUGAGAUGUGAAAUUUGUCAAUUUUGAUCAUAUUUCUGAGCUGGAAGUUGGGUCAUCUCUCUCAGAGGCAUGUCACCUGCAGCCAAAGUCUCUGAGUUUCACAGAGAAGGAAAUGAUUGGUUUUGCAGAACAGGUCUUCCAAGUGACAUAACUGUUGUUGUGGAUGAUGUGAAGUUCCAUCUUCAUAAGUUUCCUCUAGUGUCAAAAUGUGGAAAGCUAGCACGGAUGUAUGAAGAUUCUAAAAGUAACGAUAAGAAAUCUCUCUGGACAACAGUUCUCGAAGAUUUCCCAGGUGGGUCAGAAACUUUCCUGACGGCUGCAAGAUUCUGUUACGGGGCUCGGGUAGAUUUCACCUCGAAGAACAUAGUUUCCACACACUGCGCAGCUGAGUACCUCGACAUGACAAGUGAGUACGGGGAAGAUAACUUGAUAUCCCAAGUGGAAACAUUUUUGCACAAGCACGUGCUUCGCAAUUGGAAAGACUGUAUCCUGGCCUUACAAAGCUCCAGCCAUGUGUUGAAAUCUGCUGACAAGCUUCAGACAAUACCUAAACUCAUGAACGCUGUUUCAACGAUGGUGUGUACUGACCCUAGUCUGUUCGGAUGGCCUAUGAUGAUGUAUGGUACGUUGCAGAGUCCUGGUGGAAGCAUUCUAUGGAACGGAAUAAACACAGGAGCGCGAAUGAGAAGCUCUGGUUCGGAUUGGUGGUACGAAGAUGUCUCUUAUCUAAGCGUAGAUUUGUUCAGAAGGCUCAUCAAGACGAUGGAAACCAAAGGUAUACGCGCGGAAAGCUUAGUGGGUGCUAUGGUGUAUUAUGCGAGAAAGUACUUGCCUGGUUUGGGACGGUGGCAGAGCAGAACAAGUGGCAGCAACAACAACAAAAGCAGAACAAGUGUUGUGAGUUUUAGUUUGGCAGCAGCUUCUUCGUCUUCUUCCUCUAUGUCUCCUGUUGAUCAGAUUGCUUUGCUUGAAACCAUUCUGAGUCUUCUCCCUGAAAAGAGAGGAAGAUCAUUCUGCAAGUUCUUGCUAUGUCUUCUCCGUGUUGCUUUCAUUUUGGGAGUUGAUGGGAGCUGCGUGAAGCAGUUAGAGAGAAGGAUAGGGAUGCAGUUGGAGCUCGCAACGCUCGAGAAUCUUCUGAUACUUAACUAUUCCGAUUCAGAUACUUUGUACAAUGUAGAUUGUGUAGAACGAAUGAUCCGCCACUUUGUAUCAUCAUCGUCAUCCUCAGAGCUAUCUGACUUCUCGCCUCCAUCGUUGGAUCCAGGGAUGUCUCCUUCCUCUUUGAGGAAAGUGGCUAAGCUGGUCGAUAGCUACAUGGCAGAGGUUGCUUCUGAUGUGAAUCUGAAACCUGAUAAGAUGCGGUCUCUUGCGGCAGCUCUUCCAGAAGGUUCAAGACCCUUGUACGAUGGACUAUACAGAGCCUUUGAUAUCUAUUUCAAGGAGCAUCCAUGGCUAUCAGAUAAAGACAAGGAACAACUCUGCAACAUGAUGGACUACCAAAGACUCUCAAUAGACGCUUGCGCUCAUGCUUCCCAUAACGACAGGUUACCGCUCAGAGUUGUUCUUCAAGUCCUAUUCUUCGAACAAAUGCAUCUCAGAACCGCACUUGCAGGGGGUACCAAUGUCGCGAACACCGGAACGGCUCAUGCAAUGACCGUUCCAGGACAAGAGAUAGUUGAGAGGGAUGGGUGGGUGACGGUUGUGCGCCAAAACCAGGUUUUAAAAGUUGAUAUGCAGAAAAUGAGGUCAAGGGUUGGAGAACUGGAAGAGGAGUUUCAGAAUAUGAAGCGGGAAAUGAAGAAGAGAGUGAGCAAGUCCUCUAGCUCAGUGAGCUCGCCUCGGCUGGUCAAGAUGGGCUGCAAGUUUCUUCUUCCACGAGCCUCUGAUGCCAAGAAUAAUGAUACAGCCCAGGGAUCUGUGUCCAGCACUCCAAGAUCUGCUGCUGCUGCUGAACACGCACUGCCUCGGUCUUCCCGCCAUUCCAAACACCGUAAAAGCUUCUCAUUCUUCCGAUAAAUCUCUCUCCGAAGCUCGUCUUCUCUAUUUACUCGGGAAAAAACCAACAGAGAAGGGGGUUGCAUUGUUUCAAGAGGAGCAGCAGCUGGUCAUUUGGAACUGGCUCUCUUUUUGUUCAGCAAACUCGAUUACUCUUCGGUUAAGAGUAUUUGCCGCGGUUUUCUCUGAAGGUAAAAGUUUUGAAGACUCUUACCAUCAAAGGUUUCGGACAAGUCAUGCCUUUGUGAUCUUUGUGGUGUUUGGGAAAAUGGGUAUACGGUAAAAGUAAAUAAUCUAUAGAGAAAAGAGGGUAUAAUUCUUGUCUGAUUUGAUAUGAUUCUGUGGAAUCUUUGUAGAUGUGUUAUUGUGUCUACCUGUGUGUAACGCUUUCUUAGUCAUCUUAUCAUCUGCAAGCAUGUUGCUGUUCUGUCAAUAAAUAUAGAUUCUUUUAUA